UGCCACGACAACCUCGGCUGGUCCCGUAGCUGCUCAUCCACCCCCGGCGCCCGGAUUGCAAGUCAAAAAUAGCAGCACCAACGCCGGAACCAGUGCGUCGCGUACAUCGCGUUGAGAUAUUCAGAUGAUCCGCCAUGGCCGGGUUAUAAUCGGACGGGCACCAAAUGUCUGGUCGCGGAUUGUGAUACUCAAACAGGAGUGACAUGCUGAAAGUGCCAAGCUCGGCAUUGGAAAUCACAGCCUUUCUCUUCUCUCUUUGCGGAGGGAGACUGAAUUGACGUUUGAACCAGGUGGUUCGGGGUCUGUGGACAGGAUCUACACGUGCGAAGACAACAUGGGGGACUACGCCGGGCCUCGUCGCCUCUUGAGCGCUCUCUCGCUCGCCGUCAUGACAGUCACCGCGGCGUCAGGCCUCGCCCUCGACGCCCGGGCCGCGACGUUCAAGCACAUCGCCCACACCUCCUUCUCGCUAUCCAGGAGCCCCGCCGGCGUCGACUACCAGGCCAUGGUCAACAAGGUCGAGGCCGACCCCCGGGUCAAAAGGGUGAGCCUCGACGACGUCGUCGGCGCGUCCUCUCCGCGGAGCAACGGCCGCUACCCGCUCUGCCACGACACGAACCUGGACACGAAGCUCCACCCAACUGGCUUCUGCUGGAGCGCGGCCGACGACACCAGCGCCGAGUGGGUGCCGCAGGGCAUCACGGGGUCCGGCGACGCCGAUCCGAGCGGCACCGUGGGCGGCCGGCGCCUCGUCGCGGCCAGCUGGCACUACACCGACGAUAAGUUUGCGCGCAUCAGCAUCGCCGACUUCAGCAAGCCGUCCAAGGGCAUCGGCUACCAUCACCUGCUCCUGGUGCAGGCCACCCCGGACGGGAACUUUGCCAGCGUCGAGAACGUGCACGCCGACGGGCUGAUGUGGUUCGGCAACAAGCUGUUCCUCGCCACCGGCGUGCGGCUCCAGGUGUACAGCCUCGACCACAUUUGGAAGACGCGCACCGACGGUGGCAACGCCGGCAAGGUCGGCCUCUUCGCCGACGGCGCGUACGCGCGCUGGCAUGGCUGGGCGAUGCCCAUGAUUGCCGAGUACCGCACCGCCUGGGGCGCCGGCGGGUCGUGGAAGUCGUGCGUCUCGGCCAAGGGCGACACGCCCUGCCUUAACUCCAUCUCGCUAGCCCCCGACCGCAAGUCCUUUGUGACGGCCGAGUACCUGGCCGACAAGGCCGGCGGCGGGCGGGUGAUUCGCUGGAGCAUCGAUGCCGCCACCGGGCUGCCCGCGGGCAAGGCCGCCGAGGCCUUUGCGUCGCCAGUCUGGCACCAGCAGGGCAUCGCCACCGACGGCAAGGCCUUCUUCGUCUCGGGCGACUGUCCCGGGGCGCCGCCGGCCAAGGACCCCAACAACCACAUCUGCAUCCACAAGGCGUCGCCCGACAGCGCGCCGCACGUGCUGACCAAGGCGCCGCCGCUGACACAGAAUCUGGCCUACUGGCCGUGGACGGGAGAGCUUUGGGGCAUCAACGAGCGCAUUAGCACCAAGGGCGGCAAGCGUGUCGUCUUUAACAUCAAGCCUUAGACCCGGAAGCCGAUCUGGACGGACCAGUCAGCGAGUCAGUAAGGUCAGGGGUGGGAAUCAAGACUCGGGUCGGCCGUGAGGAUCGUGAGGAUCUUCCAUGGCACUUUGUACGAUUUGAAUAUAAUAGAGUUGUGUCGCCCCUCGAAGCACCUGACAAAAGUAUUUAGACG